AUGGCUCUCAACUCCCUGUCGCCAGAAUCAGCCUCUCCAGGCUCCAACAUAGCCCCAGCAUCCAGCCUGGUCACGUCUAUCGUCACAUCGCGUGAAUGGGUGCUUCCGCCACGCCCCAAGCCGGGCCGCAAGCCCAGCGUCGAUACGCCUGCGCUGAAGAGAAAAGCACAGAACAGAGCUGCCCAAAGGGCGUUUAGAGAAAGAAGGGCCACGCGUGUCCAGGAGCUCGAGCAGAAGCUUCUUGAGGUUGAGAAGGAGAAGGAGGUCAAGGAAAUGGGCCUUGUCAACACAAUCAACAAGUUGAAGUUCGAAAACCAGUUUCUUCUCAAGAGCAUCGAGCAGCUCAAGCUGGAAUUCCACAGCUUCCGCUCGUCCAUGGGCUCGCCAGCCUCGCCACACCACCCUCCUAGCAGCGGGCCUUCGCCUAGAGCGUAUAGCCAGGGUCAAAACCAGGCUCCAAGCCAGUACCACAUGCCCCAGGGCUCUUCUGCCCAGAGAGCUCAACCAAACGGCUACCAGCGCAGCUCCCAAAGCUCUACCAGCUCCCAAGGCCUGCUGGCUAUGCUCCACGCCAAUCCAAACGCUUCCCAAAAGUCCCUGGCGUACAAUCUCGAUGUAAACCAAAGUGCUCAGCAUUUGCUCAAUUUCGCCAAGUCGCUGCCUGCCAACCACUCCACGGGCUCUCCAGCGCUGCUGCUGUACUCAGUGCAGCAGAUACUGCCCGCUCCAAGUGCCGACUCGCCUCCAACUGCCCUGUUGUUCCGCCAUGUGCCUUCUAACAAGUCCAGUCUCAUCAGCCCUACUUCACAGAAUGCUACACCUAAUAAGGAUGGCAAGGGCCACAGCCACGGAAACAACGACGAGUUCGACUGCGGCGUGUGCUUGAAGGAGCAGUGUCUCUGCGAAGACAUUGGCCUCAGGCUGAAGCCAGUCGAGGAACAAUUCAAUUCAUUCACCCCUCAGGCAGCUGUGCUGCUCAAGAGCAAGAAGAGGACGCGGGGCUCGCUGCUUUCCAACAGCUCCACGGGCCAGGAAAUUGACUUUACUGCCGAGUUUGCUGUGAAGAAGAUGCCCGACCUCAAGCGUCUCAAGAAGUCACCUUCGAAGGAGAAGGUCACAGUGAAGAAGGAGCAGGAUUUCCUCAGUAAUCCCUCGUUUAACGAGGAAUCUCCAGUGGAAAACUGCGGUUUCUGCUCUGACGACACUCCAUGUGUGUGCAGAGAAGCUGCCAAGGAGGCUGCUAGAAUCAACGAAUCUUUGACGCAAAAAGCCGACGAACCAGAACAGACCGAAGAUGCCUCCACAUCGCUCCCGCCGCUCCUCAACUCCUCGGCUAUGCGCAAAGCAUCAUUGCCUGUGAUGCACCCAGGUCCAACUCUCGAAAUCCGUGAAUUCACCAACUUGACACCCGGUGCUGUGCCUACAGUUGUUACCAAGGAAGAAAACGAAGAGGAAGAAGAGCCCGAGACAAAGUCGGGAUGCACAGGUAACCCAGGAACGUGUGCCCAGUGCCAGACCGAUCCAAUGUCUACUUUAUUCUGUACCACAGUCGCCAGCAGGGCUGCCACUUCCAAAGAACCAAGCGGAGAGCCAGAGCCACAAACGCGACCAACGCUUACCAGACUGGGACCAGAGAAGAAGCUACCGAUUGAGGCUAGUCCAGGCAAGAACGAGCUUGAAGAGACCGAACCUCUGAAGAACCCUGAACCUCAACCUAGUUCCACAAGUCUCCCCAACGGGUUUGCUCCUGCCACAACGCCGUCUACGCCUCUUCCUACUACCCCUGGUGGCUCGACUACCGGCAUAUUUAUUCCCUGCGCUGACGCAUACAAAACGCUUUCGAGACACAAGAAGUUCAACAGUGUGGACUUUACCUCGCUUGUGGGCAAGCUUACCACGCGAGGCAUGCAAGUGGAGGUUCAGUCCGUGGCCAAUGUGCUCCGUGAGCUUGACAGGAAGGUGUACGAUUAG